CGUUUUUCAAUCAGCUAUAACACCAUCAAUAAUGACUACAACGGGGACUAAUGGCACUUCAGUGGUACCUGUUCCCAAUGAGGAACAUGAUGCAUCCACUAAGAAGUCUGUGCCGGUUACUGCCGACGAUUUAUACCGUCGUUCAACGCAGUACUUAAUCUGGUCGUUCACACAAGAAGAAUUGGACAAAAUGCGAUUAAAAGUACAUAAACAAGGGAUUAAGGAAGCUCGAAUCAAGUUUGAUAAAGCUGGGAAAGAUCAACUGAACCCAGAUUUCGAGAAAUAUGCCCUGCAAUUGACAGCAGAUGCGUUAUUGGACCCUCCAAGUCUUGAAGAAGAAUCAAAGUUCCUUUCAUAUUACGUUAAGAAUGUCAUUGACACUGCUGAUUAUUUCCGUAUGCCCACUCAGGUCAAAGCUACCGCUGCAUCUUUCUUCAAAAAGUUCUACUUGGUACAUUCCAUCAUGGAGUACCACCCGAAACAUAUCUUGUACACGUGUCUCUUCCUUGCGGCCAAAUCGGAAAACUACUUCAUGUCGAUUGAAUCCUUCACCAAGCCAUUGCCCAAUACGGAGCCUCUGCAUGUGUUGGACUUGGAGUUUAUAGUGCUCCUGUCGCUCAAGUUCACGCUUUUGGUCCAUCAUCCAUUCAGACCGUUGUACGGACUCUUUUUGGAUGCCCAAGCGGUUCUUUUACAUCCUUCACCAUUGAUGUACGAUGUCAAUGUCGACACCUUGGGAGCUCUUUACGAUAAGCUGAAGAAAUGGUUGGUGGAUCAUGCGGUUCUUAGUGACGUUUCGUUAUUGUUUACCCCUCCCCAGAUUGCAUUGGCGGCCAUGUAUGACAUUGAUAAGAGAAUCACUGAUCGGUAUUUGAAGCGGAAGUUUUUGAAAGAUGAGCAAGAGGGCCAAGAUGUAGAUGAAGAGGAGAAGUCUGUCAAGGUUAAACAGGAGGAGGGGGAGGGAUCCACCAAUGAGGAUGUAGAGAUGAAGGAUGAGAAUGAGAAGGAGGUAAAGAUAGAGACACCAACUAACUCCACCACCCACACAAAACGUGAAGAGUAUGAACUUCUUGUACGGACCAUUAGAAAAUGUAUACGUAAGGCUAAGGAGUUCCAGCUGCCCUCACGUGAAGAGAGUACUGCCAUUGACAAGAAAUGCUAUUUUGUGCUCAAUCCGGAACGUUUGAUCAAGAGAAAGAUAAAGCAAUUGAACACACCGCCAGCUGCAUCCGCAGCUGCUUCCCCAGCUCCAUCGGCAACCCCAGCUCCAGCUGCAUCCACCGCCCCAACGCUAGGUAUAUAGAUUAAUGACAAAGACAUGACGAAUCAU